AGGCAUUUGAAGACCUCGUUUAAAGGUGUUUGUGGGCCGCCGCCCCCUGGCCGCGCGCGCGAUGGGCGGUCCCGAAAGCCCGACGCUGGCCCGCGUGCUGGUGACGGGCGGCCAGGGCUUCAUCGGGGCGUACGUCAUGCGCUGCGUUGCUGCGGCGGGGGUCCGAGGUCACGAUGAUGGACCUGAAGGAGGCCCCGCACAUCCUGAAGCAGGUGCUCAGCGACGAGGAGCGCUCCCGCGUGCGCUGCGUGCACGCCGACAUCACAGACGCCGCGGCGGUGAGGGACCUCGUGCUCGCCGCGAGCCCGACGGCCGUUGUGCACCUGGCCGGCAUGCAGAUCCCGCUGGUCAAGGGCAACCCUGGCCUGGGCGCCGCCGUGAACGUCAUCGGCACAAUCAACGUGUUCGAGGCGGUGCGCGCCCUGUCGGAGACCGCGAACGGCGCGCCCGCGGUGCCCGUCGUGUACGCCUCGUCGGCCGCCGUGUUGGGCCCGUCCUCGGACUACGGGCCGGCAGGAGCGGCGCUGCCCGCCGAGCAGCACCCCCACCGCCCGCGCACGCUCUACGGCGUGCUCAAACUGUGCAACGAGGGCACCGCGCGGCUGUACUGGCAGGACCACAGGGUGCCGUCCGCCGGCCUGCGGCCGCUCACCGUCUUCGGCGUCGGGCGCGAGGUGGGCCUGACUUCUGCCUCGACGAAGGCCGUCAAGGCCGCGAUACUAGGGCGCAGGUUCGAGUGCCAGGUGACCGGCGUCACCGGCUUCCAGUACGUGGUGGAUGUUGCUCGCUUGUUCGUCGAGGCGGCGGAAGGCGCGGCGCGCGCCGGCGGCGCGCACGUGUGCGGGCUGCGCGGGCACGUGGCCUCCCACGAGGGGUUCCUGCGCGAGGCCGAGCGGGCCGUGCCCGCCCUGGCCAGCCUGGCGUCGGUGGCCCCGGGCGCCGCGGAGGUGCCGAUCCACGCGGACGUCGACGAGUCGCCGCUGCAGGCGCUUGUUGGCCGGAAGGACCUGCACAUGCCCUUGGCCGAGGCGGUGGCGGAGAUGGCGGCCGAUUUCGGCGCGCUCAAGCUGAGAGGGCUGCUGCAGGACGACGACCUCGGCCCCGAGCCCGGCAAGCCCGCCGCCAAGCUCUGAGCCCCUGGGGCUCCCGCCGGCGGCCAGCCGGCUCCUCCGCUCCUCUGGAGCUGCUCCGCGCACGGCGAGCAGACCCGGGCGGCCCUGGUGGCCCGCUCCGGCCCUCGGUGAACCCGCACACCACCGAUGCAGGCCUGCACAGAGCAUCGGAAGCCCUGGCUAGGAUAGGGGGGGGUUCUUCCACGCGCAGGCAUACGACCUGCGCCUCCUCCGAGGAGCUCUCUGAACCCUCUCCGAAGCCCAGCCCGCCCUUUGGAGCAGAAA